UUGCGAAUUGCACGCCAAGUUGUCAAUCUGCGUCGUGUUGGAAAAAUUGCAUGUCGCUAUGUUCAGUCAAGUCAGAUCUCGAAAUAAAUAAAAUUGGUCAUGGCUGAAACCGAGGGACAUAAACAUCGGGAUUUAAAUUUCCAUGAGGGAGAAGGAACCGAGUGUGCCCACCGCAUCAAGCGUUGAGGGACGUUUUGGCGGCACGGGAGCGAAAAUGACGGGGGGCAUCGACAGGACACUCGAAUCAGUAACAGAAAAACCGGUGCCGGCGCCGAAGGCAGGUCCCCGCGGCGUGCAAAUCGUGAACACCGGCCCCGACCACUCCUUCAUACUCGACGAAGAUGCGCUCGAGGAACUCCUGCUGCAGGAGGACAUCAAGGACAGAUCUGCGGUGGUCAUCUCAGUGGCCGGCGCCUUCCGGAAGGGCAAGUCCUUUCUACUGGACUUCUUCCUUCGGUACAUGCACCACAAGUACGGCGCGGGCGGCGGCGGCGGCGAAUGGCUGGGCAGCGAGGACGAACCGCUGGUCGGGUUCAGUUGGCGCGGGGGCUCCGAGCGCGACACCACCGGCAUCCUCAUGUGGUCCGAGAUCUUCAAGGCCACGCUCGAGGAUGGAGAGAAGGUAGCAAUAAUCCUGUUGGAUACACAAGGCGCGUUCGAUAGCGAGUCGACGGUUCGCGACUGUGCGACGGUUUUCGCGUUGUCAACUAUGUUGUCAUCUGUUCAGAUAUACAACCUCUCUCAGAACAUACAGGAAGACGAUCUGCAACACUUACAGUUAUUUACAGAAUACGGUCGCUUAGCGUUAGAAGAUGGUGGGAGGACCCCUUUCCAAAGGCUACAGUUUGUGGUCCGAGACUGGAGUUUUCCUUACGAAGCGCCUUAUGGCGCGCAGGGUGGGCAGACCAUCUUACAGAGGAGACUAAAAGUAUCCGAUAAACAGCACCCAGAGUUACAAUCGCUCCGCAAACACAUCACAUCAUGCUUCGCGGAAAUAGCGUGCUUCCUCAUGCCACACCCUGGACUCAAAGUUGCCACUAGCCCCGACUUCGACGGACGACUUAAUGAUAUUGAGCCGGAGUUCAAGCGAUCUCUUCAGCAGUUGGUACCGAUGUUGUUGGCACCACACAACCUAAUGCCGAAGCAGAUCAACGGGCAGCGGGUUCGCUCCAAGGAACUGCUGCACUACUUCAAGAGCUACAUGAACAUUUACAGAGGAAACGAAUUACCUGAACCUAAAAGUAUGCUUGUGGCAACGGCCGAAGCCAACAAUCUGACAGCAGUAGCAGAAGCGCGGGAAGUGUACACAACGCUGAUGGAGGAGAUCUGCGGAGGAGCGCGGCCCUACCUGCAAGUUCAGCUGCUGGAGGCUGAGCAUGCUCGUAUACGCGACAAGGCGCUGCAUGCCUUCCGAGCCAAGCGCAAGAUGGGCGGCGACGACUUCAGCCGCGCCUACUGCGAGCAACUUAUACAGGACCUAGAAGACCAGUUCCUACAAUUCCGGGCGCACAACGAGAGUAAGAACAUAUUCAAAGCUGCGCGCACACCGUCCGUGUUGUUCGCGAUCGCGCUUGUUUUCUACGUACUGAGCGGGAUCCUCGGCCUGGUGGGAUUGUACCCCCUGGCCAACCUCUGCAACCUCACCAUGGGCGUAGCGCUUCUCACGCUAGCACUUUGGGCAUACAUCAGAUACAGCGGGGAGAUGAGAGAACUAGGCGUCACUAUAGACGAGUCGGCGAGCUGGUUAUGGGAAAACGUAAUGAAACCAGUGUACCAAGCUGGUAUAGAGAAAGGCAUGGAGCACGCGGCAGCCGCGGCCGCCGAGCGAGCCAUGGGGCCUUCCACGCCCAACGCCAACGGAAAACACAAGCACUUGUGAUGCCGCCCGCACGCUCCGCACCCGCGUGGCACCACAACACACACCGUGGGUACAUCCCAGGGUAAUCGCCACAUACAUCCGUGGCUGAGUGAUACAACCGUGGGCCGCAAUGAUGUAACAUCGGAUUACUGUUGCACAUGUGGAUGCCGAGGUGUCAUAUUAUGUCUAUAUAGCACACUUUGCCAUUGCUGCAACAUGUCUGGUCACUUAAGCAAAACGUGCACAUCACCGUGGAAUAACAUCAUAUCAACGUGCCACUGCGGCUCAGUCCCGUGCCACUGUGGUAUAUAUCCGUGCUAUUAUGGCACAUUGUGCCACUGUGGCUUGUUCAAGUGUUGUGAAUCAAAGUGUUUCCACCCGCAGUUCUAUAUAUCCAUAUGUGUGUGCUAUGUGUAUGGUAUAGCAAAGUGUUGUGACUCAGCAAAUGUCAGUGAAGUGUGUCAUAGAAGCGUAAAGAAAUUGUGUUGUUCACCCUUGCCUAGUAUUGAAAUUAUGUGUCACAGAAUAUAUAGAAGCAUAAAGAAUACAGAAAUAUGUUUAUUUUUGCCACAUAACAUAAACUUUAGAAAAAUAAUUAAAAGAAGCAAUGAUAAGUGCCACAGAAUGCAAAAUUCGUUUAGUAAUGUGAUGUCAUUGAGUUUGAAAGUACUUAGAAACUGUCAUAGAAUAAAACAGAUAUUGCCUUGUUUACGUCUUUUUGUUUUUGAGUGUAUGUUUAACACUUGCAAAAGAUAUAUUAAUAGCAGCUACAAAUUAUUAAGCUAUAAUAAUUAUAAUAUAAAGAGAAAUUUCGGAAAAAUUCUAAUAUGGCAAUCUAAUUUAAAUUUUAAAACUAGUCAAUCUAUUUGCAAUUGUUUACACACAUACAAUUGUAAUAACCACCAUAAGUCACACAUUAAAAACCUUUUAGGAUUAAUAUCAAAAUAUUCAUUUAUAAAUACAAUAGUGACUAAUAUACUUCAAAAUAUCAAAUGGAUUAUCAGUUAAAAACUUGAAGACUAGCCAAUAUAAAUACAGUAUAGUUAAUUUAUACUUAUGCACUAUAAUACCCUCUGGGUAGUUUUGGCUAUACUCUAUCCACGGAAAGAAGUUAGUAAGUGUAGGGCGUUACGUAAUCCCAUACAAUGAUAGGGACAUAAAUAUAUAAGUUAGUGACUAAAAAGGUUAACGCCUAAUUUUUGUCUCUGUCAUUUGUAUGGGAUUGCAUAACAGAGAGAGCCCUUUACUAAAUUCUUUCCGUGGAUAGAGUAUAGUUUCCGUUGAGACUAAACUGUGGCCGAAAUUCGGUCACAAGUACGUUAUAUUAUUAUCAUGUGAUCGAAAUAGGUAGUGCAAAUUCACGGGAUUUCAUGUCACGCGAUAUGCUCAUUAUAACCCAUAUAUAUUAAUGUUAAAUCUACUCAAGUUUUUAAUUUUAAUUUCUAUUAAGAGAAAGCUCAAACAUGGCAAUAAAUGUAAAAAAGUGUAUUCAAUUAUGUCGCUGUAUAAAAUAUGCUUUAGCAUCAGUGGAAUGUACGUUUUGUAUGAAAACGAUUCACAUUCGGAAAUAUUCAGAUUCCUAUGAUUAAUCUUCAUUGCUCGGGGUCGUAACACCUUCCAUUAAUCACAUAAUGAAAAUCCUGACUAUUAAUACACUAAGAAAAAAUUUGUCCAAAAUUUUUAUUUUCAGAAAUUGAGUAUGCUCAAGAUUGUAUUUAGUUUGGUGAAUUAUUUUGAUUCUAUUAAAUUCUUAGAAUCCUUUGUCUGGUAUUAUGUAAAUACAAGCACUCGCUCAGCUUUGCAAUCUUGCAUAACAAAUAA